AUGGCGCCGAAGGCCUUGACGGAUUGCCCCGAGAACCUUCGCGAGGCGAUCGACUGGCUCAUACAGGUGAAGCAGGGUGGUGGGAUUUCGACGCUAUGCCAGGCUCUAGGUGAGUUGUUUGACAAUGUUGUCCAGGACGCUAAAAAGCAUCUGUCGUCUCUCUCCGAAUCAGAUGACCCGUCCGCCGGAGAUGUUAUCUCCAAGCUCCAAGGGUUUCGGAGCUCUCUUUCGAAAGACUCUGCGAAUAAUAAUCAAAACAUUUUACAUAAUCUCUGUUCCUCCUUUGAGACAUUUUUAGGCUAUAAGCCUCCCGGAAUCUACGAUGGUUCCGGGAUUGUGUAUGGCUCCGCCUCCCGUUUGUGCGACGCCAUCAUAGAGUUUUUGCAUAGCGCGUUGAGUGAUGUCUAUGAAAACCAGCCGUACGUCGCUGGUAGAGCUGCGUUGAGUGGUGUGGUUGGUGAGCUUGGAAAAGCCAGGUGGCGUGGUCACCAUGGCUUCAAGACUGCCGUCCCCAAAGUGGCCGGAGGCCUCGGGGAGUAUAACAAAAAAGUCAAGGCUUCUAACGAAAAGGUCAGGAAGCCGAUUGACGACGUUAUCGCAUUUGUGAAAGAUGGUGGUGAGUUGCGUAAUGGUAUUGAUACUUUGCAGGUAUCGGAGACAUCAACGCCCACCGAAGAUGAGAAAGCUGUGGAGGCAGCUGCGUCCUUGGUGGAGAAGUGUAAGACAUAUGCUGCUAACUUCUCGAAAAAGCUGACGUCGGCCGAAAGCGCCAUAGGUGACCUGAACCCGAAGCUGAGAUCAAAACUUGAGAACGCCAGAAAAAGCUUUUUCAAUCACGUGGGCUGGCUGAGCAAGUGGUCUCGCAAGGGUCAGAAAAAGAAGUUGGACGAGAUGAUUCAUAAAAUCAAGACAAGGCUAAGGAGGCUCGGAAAGGAAGUCAAGGAUAGAAUUAAACAAGAAGUGCACGCGCUUGUCGAAUUGUUGAAGGAGCGUGUUAGGAAGAUUAAAAGGAAGUUGGAGGAUAUUCGUGAGAGCCUGGCGAAAUACGUUCAGGAUCUGGUGAAGUGGAUGGUGGAUGCCAAAAGAUAUAUUGAUCAAGUAAAAAAGUAUGUUGACAAGAUAUUGGAGGAAAUUUAUGGAGAACAUAAAACGAGGAUUGAUGAGGCCGCCGGGGAGAUUGAUGCCACACUUAGCAAGAAAGUUGCGGAGCUGAAUAAGUGGAUUGAGGCUGCGGACGCCGCCGUCAAGGCGGCCAGGCAGAAGGCGGAAGAUGUAUAUGGGAGGUUGGAUCAUACUAAAAAAGACCAACAUGGUGGGACAACGAUUGGCCAAAAUAUAGAGAACAUUAAGCAAGCUAAAGACAAAGUUCAGAGUGUUGACGAUCAGUUGAAAAGUAUUCACGCAGAUUUAGGUAACUGGAAAGAUGCGGCAAGCGGUGUGCUUGGCACAGCGGUUGGAAAGGCUCAGACAGUGCAUGGCAAGUUGGAUCCUGAUAAAAGUAAGUCGACGCUUGGUGGUAAAAUCGGAGAAAUUGAAGACGCAAAAAACAACAUUAUUAGCGCAAAUUCACAACUUAAAUCACAAGUCGACAGUCUGAAUUCUUGGAUCGGCACCGCGGAGGACAUCCGUAAAAAGGCCCAGCAAAAAGCGGAAGAGGCUUACAGUAAGUUGGACGUUCACGCUGAAUUGAGCAAGAAUGUUGAGAAAAUUGUAGACGCUAAUAAGGCACUUGAAAAUGUUAACAAGAAUCUGACAAGUGUCCACGGAAGUUUGGGAGAGUGGAAGGAGCAGGCCAGGAGUGUGCUCGAAGGGGCGAUUCAAAAGGCGACGGAAGUUCACGAUGCAUUGAAAGAUGGAAGUCAACAGGUUGGUAAGAAAAUUACGAAGAUCGAAAAUGAUAACAAGUUAAUUAUAGAAGCAAAUAAAACUCUGGCAGCCGAAGUUGGGAAUUUGAAGAGUUGGAAGAAUGUAGCAGAGAAAGUAAUUAUGAAGGCCAACGAAAAGUGUGAGGAGAUACUUAAGAGGGUUAAAACAGAAGACAGUGCUAAAGAAGCUGUGAUUUAUAAGCAAGCUCAAAUAUUAAAAGAGAAGGGAACAGAGCUUUAUAAUGCUGCGAAGUCGGCCAAGGAUGCUGUUGAGAAGAAUGUCAAGGAUGCGUUGCAGGCUGUUGUAAGAAUGGACAAAUCCCUGAAGACGGAUUUGAAAAAAGUCAGGGAUGAUCUUAAGGAUGCGAUUUGGAAUAAGAUUGUAGAGUUCAAAGUUAAUAAAUUGGAUGAUUUGGUGAAAAGGGAUUUGGAGAAGUUGAGGAAGAAUAUUUUGGGGCUUGGUCAGCAGGUUGAUAAACCGAAUGGCGACAGUCUUGUAAAUGGUCAAUUGACACAACUUCAGUCCGCCAAGGAGGCGCUUGAACAAAUUACUCAUAACGGUGAUAGUUCAAUUAAAAAGCUGACGGAUGGACUUGAUGAGAAGUUUAGGACGCAUAUCCAAGAUGAGCUUGACACUAAAGUUAAAGCAGUUGACUCAGCGAUUGGGGAGCUUGGCGAGAAGUUUAAUGGGAUCAGCGGUGAUCCACAAAAACUUCAAAGUAUUUUCGAGCAUAUUAAAGGGGAAGUUGAGAAGAUUAAGGGGACGCCAGGGGGUAAAGAUUGGAAAAAUACAGGUGGUAAAGGCCUUGAUGGUAUUAGCUCCAAGGUGGAGAGUUAUUUUGAAGCCUUUGGCGGGGGAAAUAACGGGAAUAGUUUUAGAUACACAAUUGUGAAAGGCUGGCUGGAUGAUAUGUUGCCGCACAACGGAGUGGUGAAGAGGAUACUUACGGCGCUUGGGUGGAAUGAGAAGAGAGGCGAAUUUGAGAAGACCGCGUUUAAUGUGAAACAUAGUCUGACGGAGAAAAUUAGGGAGACGGCACCGCUUAAGGAGAAAAUUCAGAAAGGCGUUGACGUGUUCAAAGGUCAACAACCCGCCGGCAUCCAAGAAAAAAUCACGAAAGUCAAAGAGGCCUGUCAAAAGUUCGCCGACGCUCUGGAUGGGAAGCUGAAGGAGCCGGGAAAUGAAAUAGUCUCCAAGGUUAAGAACGUGUCACGGUUAUAUAAAAGCGGCGGCGCCUCAAAAUGCAUCUGCGAGUGCGGUAAUUGCAACAAGCCAAACUGUGCCAAGAAAGCCGCCGCUGAAUUGAUCCUCUGCGCACUCACCGCCGUGGCCCGCCAGGUCGGCAACGAACUGAAUUCAGUGUUCCUCAACAUACCCGAUGACAGCAGCAGUCCCAGCGACGGGAGCAUCGCAAAGAUCUUGGACCAUAUUACGCCUAUUGCCAAUGACCUCUAUACUAAGCUUGACAAGGCGACAAAACCCGGCCAACCUCCCACCCCCGAAGCUGGCACAGCGCAAGCCGUGGACAGUAAGUUGCAGGUGGUGAGGGAAUUCGUGAAUGGAAAAAAUGGUAAUGAUAUUACCAGCAAGUUUAAAAAUGAAGUCACAAAUGGUCUUAAAGCUGAGGUAGACAAACUUCCCGGCGCCGUCACACAGUUCAACUCUGCAGCUGUAGACCAGAUUAAGAAGGCGGCCGAGACGGCGAUUGAGAAGGCGGCUGAGCAGAUUAGUAAGGGUGGUGAUGCAAGUCAAAUUGACUUGUCGGAUAAGAUGAAUAGUUUUCACACAGCUCACGACAAGAUUGUGAAGGAGCUUGAAACAGAACUCGGAAAGAAAGUUAAUCAGCACAUUGGGGAGGAUGAUGGAACAGGUGGUAAAGGUGGUACAAUAUCCAAAUUGGCUGGUAACAGCUUUGAGCAGUAUAAGUUGCACGUGACCCAAGACAAAGGUAAACUAUCCUCUCUAACCGGCGAACAAGGCAAAAACGAAGGCCAUCUUCCUCAGGCGAUCGGGAACAUCAGGACUCUAGGUCUGGCAGAGCUUAGCAUCAUCGAGCCAGUCACCGGUGGUAAAGCAGCGGAAAUUACUCAACAAACCUUCACCGUUCCGUUCGGCAAAAUUAAGAAUCAGCUUGAAGAAAUCAAGAAAUUGGUUGAGAAAAAUGACCCGAAUGGCGUCCCGCCAUUUCUACACGCAGACCCGGAAAAAGGCGUAAAACCCUUAUUGAAACAUCUUACAUAUAUGCUUGGCAACGGUCGACAAUUAUGGGAUAAUGGAGCUGGAAAAGGUUUGGAAGCAAUCAAAACGACAAUUCAAAAUCUGCAUAACAAUCAGUUUAAAAACCAACCCACUGCAAUCGAAAAAGCCGUCCAAGAAAUUAAGGCGGAACUGAAGAAGCUUAGAGAGAAGUUGAAGAAAGAGAAAGGCGGUCCAAAUGAUGGUGUCAUCGACAGCUUGGAAGAUUUGAAACAGCAUGGUCUUGCUCAGAGUGCAUGGAAUGGUAAGAAUGUCAAAGGUCAAACUCUCAGUGGUCUUGGGAAAAUCCAUGGUGACCUUCAAGGUCAGAAUACUGAAUUGGGCAAGCAAAACAAAGCAAUUGGGGAGGCUAUACGUGACAUUAGGUGGCAACUUCUAUAUCUCGGAUUCAAGGUGCAAAAUAUCUUCAAUGAUGAUGACAUCCUAGACAACCUGCGCCGGUUGAAAGGUAGGAUCGGAAUGAAACAGAAUAUAGGUCUUGAGGCCAUUAAAAAUACAAUUCAACAGCUGCAACAAAAGUCAUUUCAACAGCAUCCCAAAACCAUCGGAGAUGCCAAGCAACAAAUUGUAGAUGAACUUGGGAAGCUUCAAGGUGAGCUGCAAGGCUCCACGCCAGGCAGUGAUGUCAUUACCACAUUGAACGAUUUGCAGAACAAGGGGCUUGGCAAAAAUUCUUGGAAUAAGGAAAAAGGCCUAGCAAAAAUUAAUAGUGAACUUCAAGGUCAACAACAAACGCUAGGACAACAACCUGAAAAUAUCGGCGGUGGCGUCCGAGACAUCACCCUGUCGCUUAACAGCCUUAGAGACACGUUGAAUGAACAGGUCACCGAAAAGCUCAAAAAGCUGAAAGACAGUGGCGUUAAUGACGGUUCUGAAAAAUGGAAUGACAAUGGCUUUAACAAAGGCCUCACUAAAAUAACCACAGGCAUCGUGGCCAUAAAAACCACGGACGUUAAAGACGUGAAGGAGAAACUCAAGGAGCUGUGCACAGCGAUUAAGAACUCCGCCAGAGACGCCGCGUUCACCUUGAAGGAGGUGAAGGAGAAGAUGCUUGAUGAUGAGUUAACUGGGAUAAAAGACCAAUUGCACAACCUGCAGAUCCGUCUGGAGCGCGGCCCAAUUCAGGCCUGCAGGGAGUUCAUUGACAGGGACGCCGACAAGUUCGGAAGGGAGUGCAUUGCGUCCCUCACAGCGUUCGUCGACGGCCAAGUGGACACCGCAAUCGACGACUUAACAGCCUUCGCCAAGCAGCAGUAUGUCUCCAACAUCAAGGAGGCGCUGAAGGCCUUCGCUUCCAAGGUGGAGGAAGAAUUAACUCCCUUACCCCCGUUGAUAACCGAGGAUCUGCAGAUAGGGUAUAAAGGGUUUGUGAAACAGGUUGAAGGCGGAAAAGGCGUGAACAUUAAUAGGCUCAAAGAUGUGAAAAGCAGGGAACUUCAAGCACUGUCCUCCGCGUUCGCGCACUUUUUCGGGCCACUCAACGAGCAUCUCCGUAAGGAGAUUGAGAGACUGAAGAAGCAUGGUGACGACGAGAAAAAUCCGUUACUGCCGAAAUCUCAGGACCCUUACGUUCCCCUGCUUGACGCUGUGCACAGCGAUCUUAACAGCCUGCUCAAUUAUCUUUGCGAGACACAGGGCUAUGACCACAGACUCCAAGCGCUGCUCCGCAGCCUCACCGACGCGCUGAGUCACCUCAAGCCGGAGAGCUUUGCCAGGCCCUCAAGUCCCCUACUGGACGGCCUGGUGGAGGGGCUCACAAAGUUCGCCGCCGAGUUCCGAAAUUGUUACAUCUCCGCCUACUCGGGCGCACAGUUCACCGCUGCCUUGGUUAAGCAUGAGACUUUAACUGAGCCCGUAAGAUCCCAAGGCACAAACUCCGUCACCGUCAGAAAUGUCAGCAGCCUGACACCAUACGGCGCCAUGUGCGCCAAGGUCUUCCUCACCCUGAUGCCCACACUGUGCGACGCCUUCAACAGGCUGGCGGAGCGGUGCGGGAAGAACGGCAAGUGGAGGAAUAUGAACAUCAAUUCAAGCAGUAAGCUCGGCACAUUCCUCCAGCGCUGCGGCUACAAGGUCUCCACCUCCGCCACCCUGCAGGACGGCGAGCUGCGCGACGACUGCAACGGCUGCGACGUGUUUGUCCUCGUCACCCAGAACAUUAGGAAUACCGAAGACAACGAACACCUCAAAGAAUGCCUGUCCGUACAACACGGCUGUAAUCUCUUAGAGCUCCUCAAAUGCCUCUCCACGCACCUCCAUGAGUACUAUAAGACGUGCCACCUCAGAGUGUGUCCCUCACCCCGGCCGCCGUGUUCCAUCUACGAGAUGCUCACAUGGUGCUGCGGGCUCCCGCACAAUGCCGUGUACCUGGGCCUCAACUCCGAUACAUUGCCAUCGCUGUUCGAGGCGGAUGAGCAGGACUUUACUGACUCCGAAGUGUCCCUCACUGACCUCAGCAGCCUGGCGUUAAAGGCCCACCCGGAGGACAUAACACCAGCGUCCCUCACCGACGCCCUCACAGAGGUGUGCCACCGGUCGCAUUCAGUGCUCACCACCCUACUCGGCUACGGCCAUGCCGGAGGCAUCUACGCCGUAGACUUCAACACCAACCCCGGAGGCCUGCUCUACCCCGGCGACGUGGAAGCGCUGCUCUGCCUGCUGUACGAUGUGCUCAAACGCCUCCACCACCAGCUGUAUCUCCUCUACCGCCGGUGCCUCUACAACGCCCGGCACGGCGGAUGGCUCGACUGCUGGUACGGCCGGGGAGUCGGAGGCUCAGCGUGGAGGUGCAACACCAUGCAGUGUGCCAACCAGCAGUGCCCUCAUGAGGCCAGCCAAACAGGCAACCAAAUAUGUAACCAAAUAUGUAACCAAAACUGCGACCAACAUCCCAAGUGCGGCGUCAAGUCGCCGCUCCAGUCGUUCCUCGAGGACGGCCUACAAGGGUUCUUGCCGCAUCAGCUGUCGCCAGACGGCACCUGUGUCAAAUGCUCUGGCUGUGACACCAAGUCCCCCGGUAUGCCGUGCAAGACGCCCAUGGGCCUCUCCAAUAUUACCAGGCUGGCCUCCCGUGCCUCCACAGGCCGACACAUCAUGGACGUCCUCGGCGCCUUCUGCGGCGGCGCAUCGUCGCCCCUCACCAGGCUCUGCGGCUACCUGGAAUGCCUCCUCACUCGCCCGCCACGGACGCCAGACGAACUGUUCGCUUUCUUCUUCAACUUCAUAUCUGAGUGGAGCGGCGGCGGCGAGCACCGUAAGGCGGCCUUCGAGGACGCCGUCGGCGACGCGUGCUUCCGGCAGCGGGGCGUGACACUGGACAUCGCUCCACUCUUCCGCACCAGUGACCAUGGCUCCGAGCAGAAUGUGCCUCACCUCACCGGAGAUCUCUCCUCACUCGUCAAGUGCAACGGCAGUCCAGGCUCCUCUCCGUCACACCCCUGCGGUCCCUACCUCAAGCCCCUCGGCCACGACGUACGCGCCACCUUCGCCAAGGAACACGCCCACCUCUACCUCUCCUGGGUAGUGUACCUGACCGAGACUUUCUACGACUUCCUCAGGGAACUGCUCCAGGACUGCGAGCGCAACUGCGCCGACGCCUCAGCCACCUGCCACGACAACAGCUGCGCCAACGACUGCACUGCCAAGCAACGGCCGAUGGCCCCGAGCUCCGAGCACCUUGAUUCAUGCCCCUCCAUCGUGGACUGCGACUCCACCACGCCCACGCUCUUCCGGUACGGCUUCGCGCUCAGGGACGCCCACAGCCUCGCCGGCUCCACCAGCGGCCACCAAGGCAAGCGGACAUGCCAGGAUCUCUGCACAGCACUGCAAGUCGUCGUCAAGCAGAUGAACCCUCUCCACAAGCUGGCGCACGACACCAUCCCCGAGUUCCUCUAUCGCAUCCGUGCCCCCUUCCUCUACACCACCGUCACGCUCUGGCUCACCGCCACGCUCUACAUCCUCGUCAUACGCCUCUACCGCAUGGACGUGCUGCGCAUCCGCUCGCACCUCCUCACCACCAGGGCCUCCCACCUCAUCGACGUCAAGGCGCUGCUCGCCGGCAGCCGCAGGAUGCUCUCACUCUACAAGGACGUCGACUACUUCGACGACGAUACUGUCGACCAACUUAAUGCCUCACGUUGUGAUUAG